CUUGAAAAUAGGAGCAAGCAAAUAGUGUUACACACGGCACAGGUUUAUCAUGAGACAUGUUAACAAGACGAGAGGCAGCCUCGUGACACAGCUGUGCUGUUGAGUGUCGCUGCAUUUCUCCGACUCUCGAUGCGGAGGAAGUUGGCCGCGUUCCUCCAUUUCGCGCGACUUGAACCAAGCGACUGUGUUGUCCUCGAUCCGACACAAUAUCCGGCAGGACUCAUGCUUCCGACUCCUGCGGGCCUCUUUACGUGCACCGAUGAAAACAGCCAGACCAGACACACCACGAUACAGCCAGUCUUGAACACUAGGAAUGUGGCCAAAGACUGACGGGUGACCUCUCCUCUCAUAUGCGAGCCAUCCUUCCAGGCCGGCCCCAGUCGAAGCGGCAAGCUUUGAGUACUGCCUACUGGGAUGGCCUUCGUCUCGUUGCAUACAUCUCCGGAAAUGCCGCGGUCAUCCUUAGCGGACCGCAGACGAUCCUGCAAACCAUCUAUGUCGACACGGUCGAUGAACUUAUUGCGGUGACACUCGAGGAGACCACCGGCCGCAUAGCGCUUUGCGAUGACAGACAUGUCUACGUCUACCGACCGGUGGGACGAGACGAAGGGGUUCUUCGAUGGGUGUUAUAUCAUGAACUACACAAUCACAAUGAUCUGGUGGUGACUUCGCUUUCUUGGGGCACGUCGGAAGAGCUUCUGCUCGGAGGGUCAAGACUGGUGCUUUGGUUCAUUCCGGACACGGUAGAGCCGGCCAUCUCUUGGGAUCAGACACUGGCAUAUCCUACUGCGCUGGCGUGCUUGUCCCCCGACAGCAGCCUUGUCGCCUCUGUCGGACAACAUGACCGACUGGUCAAGAUAUGGAGGAGGCUGUCGUAUGACGCCAAAUUCGAUGUCUCAUAUCUACCACACCCAGCUGCGGUAACCAACCUACACUGGCGGAAACCGUGGCAUCUGGAACAAAACCUGGACAACCUGCUAUAUACGUUCUGCUCCGACAACCGCAUUCGAGCAUGGACUUCGUUUGACCCGCAUGCGCUGUCGAUUUUCCAGCAAGUUGCGACCAUCGACAUGAACGCUUCAAUACAGCCCCGGCGGCUGAGUGUCACUUCAAUGAGCACAAGGCGGUACGCCUUCAUCGUCGAUAGCCGUGAUUUCUGUAUUGCGACAGAGAAAGCUGUGCAAGGGGCGAAUCCCAAGGUGACCGACCAUGCGCUCGAGCAUCUCAUCGAAAUAGCCAACCGCAGUCCCGAGAUCUGCGUCGUUCUCGACGGCCUCGGCCACAUGUCAAUCUGGGGUAUAGAGAAUGCUGGGUACAAGAACAGAAUCCCGCCGUCUGUGUUCCAUAUAUCGCACGUGGACGGGAUGAACGUUCUUGUCCCGCAACUGAGCGAUCCGAUGAAAGACUAUGUUCAGUUCUGUAUAUUUGCAGGCGGUGUGACUCGGUCCUCCUUGUCGAUACUAAUGCACUCCUUUGCUGGUGACAUUGACUGGUAUGAUAGUCAGAUUACACAUCUCUUCGACACGGCCAUCAGACACGAUCGCACCCGUCUGAUCUCGACGUUAGCUGGUCACGGGUCGCCAAUUCAGCGCGUCGUGCGGAAUGUCGGUGGAACUGUCGUUCUGUCCGCCACCGAGGAGCGCCAGGCCAGUGUAUGGCAGCACGAUCUCGGCCACUCCACUGCUCCAAUUUUGCGACGAUGCUCUUUUGCGGUCGACAACGAUAUCAAAGAUGCUGUCAUUCUCUCUCGUGGACGAUAUGCAGCAAUACUGACCUCGGACGGUCUGGAGCUGUGGGACAUUCGAGAGGCGAAAGCCCGGCGGCUAGGCACUCGAAGCUUCGGCGACAACCGUGUUCCUGAAUGCAUAACGCAAAGCCGAGUCGGCCGGGAACGGGCAUUGACAAGUCGCGUUAUUGUGGGCUAUUAUCAGGACAACAGUGCAGAAGCCUGGGAGUUGCUGCUCCCAGCAAAAGACGACCGGAGUUCUACCAUGAGUAACGGACGUCUGGAAAUCAUACGUUCUCUAGGACAUGUGCGGUUGCACGUCCAAAAUCGCUUCCGGGCCUUGCUAUCCGUCUGUGAUAAUAUGAGUACAAGUGACCGGCCCACGGAUCCGCGCGAUAUCAAUGCGCUCGGAUUUGCGGCAGCUCUGGCCAAAGAGGGCACGUUGGAGUUGGUCAAAUCGCAGGAGGAAACGGACUCGGCCAAGCCGUUCUUGACGUCGGGUGCCAUCUUCGACAUCAGCAUACGAGCACCUCAGAGGAUCAGUGCUAAUGGACACGGCAAGGUUCUAGUGGUCAACGAAGACGCCAGCAGCAUGAGCAUCUGGGAUGCCAAAUCGGGAGCAUGGGAAUACGAGCACGAAUGGGAUGGAACUGAUACCAUCAAGACUUUUGCCUGGGCUGUGACCCCCGAUGGUUCAGCCUUGGUUGCAUUAUGUUUUUACUAUCACAUCGUGGUCCUCGCGCAGAUUCGUUAUGCUUACCCUGGGCUCCAGAGAUCCUGGGUUGACAUCCGGCAUAUCAGAAUGAGAGAUUUCACCACUCAAUCUGUUGGUGAUCUAUGCUGGCUAAGAAGCGGCGACCUUGUCGUUGGCACUGGCAUCCAGAUCUUCGUCUUUGAGGGAUUCGCCAUCAGUGAUCACAACCAGGACUCGAGACCUCUGCAAGAUGUCCAAAGGAAAAUUCCCCACAAUGACUCGACUUUUGCUGUUAUGGCGAUGCUCAAUUCGCUGUUGCCUCUAUUCCACCCGACGGUUUUGUCGUUGUUGACAUGGCUGGGUGGUCUUAAAGCUACUAAACACAUCAUAUACCGCCUCCACCGUUCUCUGAGGUUUCUGGCCGAGGGGGAAACACUGCCCAGCUUCCUUGACCUGGAUCUCGAGACGGUCUUGGUGGACGAUAGAAAGGCCCAAACAAAAUGGUAUUCUCUGACCGAUACCAACGGGGAUUUGAACGACGACUUUCAACCUCAGCUGGCGCAGAUCUCUCCAAGCCUGAACGAGAACCUGGAAAGGCACGACCUGUGGCAACUGAACAAGGAAGAAAAGUCGCAGCUUGUGAAACUGGUAGAAGAAUGUACGGAGCUAGAGAAGCAAGAGCAUUCUCUCGAUGCGAAUGGGAGACGCUAUCUACAAGCACUAUACGCAUGUGGUGAUGACGACUGUGUACCCUGGAAGGCGAUUGCAUUUGCAGCAAGAAGUACGUCUCAGGAAGUUCUGGCCGAAGCGGUCACGCAACAUUAUGGAGGCAAACUCACAUGGGAAGCCGCGCGGAAAUCGGGACUUUUCAGCUGGUUGUCUGACAGCGAAGCUCUUCGACUGCAGAUGGAAAACGUUGCUCGAGCCGAAUAUACCAAACAAGAGGAGAAGAACCCGGUAGAUUGCUCGCUGCACUAUUUUGCCCUUGGCAAGAAAACGGUCGUUCAGGGUCUGUGGCGAAUGACUAUUGGGGUCCGCGAACGAGAGAACACGAUGAAGUUCCUCGCCCACAAUUUCAACGAGCCGAGGUGGAAAGAGGCGGCCCUCAAGAAUGCCUAUGCGCUGCUCAGCAAGCGACGGUUUCAAUAUGCCGCUGCCUUCUUCUUGCUCGCUGGCAGUGUUUGGGAUGCGGUUGCUGUCUGUCGUAACCAAUUGCAGGAUAUGCAGCUCGCAAUCGCCAUUGCGCGAGUGUAUAAGUCUGAGAUGCCGCAAUUCUCGACGACGGUCUCAGAAGACAUGGUUCGAUUGGUGCAUCAAGCAAUUCUCCCUCGGGCAGUGCAAAGCGAACAAGGUCGCUGGAUGGCCAGUUGGGCGUUUUGUUUACUCGGCCGCCGCAAAGAAGCGAUCCGCGUGCUCGUGCACCCUGUUCACCAGGUGUUAGGCGUCUCACUGGUGAAAGGGGCCGAAGACGAUGCAGGCACGAAUGGGCAACCGGACGGUAUUGUCGAGGGUAACGGCGAUAUGGUCGGAUCGCUCAGCUACGCUGCCAACGACCCUCUCCUGACAAUCUUGUACCUGCAACUCAGGGCCGAAUUCGUCAAACAGAACAAAUGGCGGAAGAGUGUCAUCAACGCCAGAGAGGAAUGGGACUUUGUCAUGCGUUGUGUGAGACAGUAUCUUCGGAUGGGCUGUGACGUUCUCGCCUUGUCCUUGGUGCGAGACUGGGAGUUUGUGCCUGAGAGUAAGGACCUAGAUCUGGAUUUGGCUAUCGAUCGCGCACGGGGGAGUGUAGGAUCACCAAGCCCAGGAAUCCAGAGGAGGAAGACAUUUGUCGACCUUGAAAAGGAAAUUGAAGCGGGCGAAGAAGACGGCAAUGGUCAAGCACUUUCACGCGAGGGAGAUGGUGGGUUACUGGCCAAAGACCAGCAGCUACCGGAGAAAGGCGAUGACAAGAAGAAGAAGCCGCCUCCCACGCAAUUUGUCGAGCCCAGCGCGGAUAGUUUGCUGGAUAGUUUUGGGUUUUAAUGAUACAACUUGAAGGCCCAGGAAGAGGGUCAAGGAAGAGGGCAGAGCACCUAAUAGUGACUGUCAAAGUAAUGCAAAUGAUAUAAAACAUCCUGUCAUCCUGUCACGCGCUGGUACCGUCUUCUUCGUGGUAAACUAUAUACGUCAAGGUAUCAUCUGUUGUAUAGGUGUCUACGUGUGUAUGUGUAUAAUAAUGUACCCAGUCUCGACUUCU